AUGCACUCCUCUUCGAUUUUAAGUUACCCCCCGCCUCCAGCUGGAUUUAACUAUCUCGCAGUCAUUCGCCCGUCUCUUAAACUGAUGCUUCUAUGCUCAGCCUGGUCUUCAGCCUUGGUUCCGCUUCUCUUUGCCUUAUUUCUGUUCUCCUCCAGGUCGCUGAGGAGAACGCCAAUUUUCAUGUUAAAUGUUGUAUCCAUUAUCAUGGGGCUAGCCUUGGGUGUUCUGGCUUAUUAUAACGGGGUGAGUUACGGCAAUCCUGUCUCCGGAUAUAAUAAUCCCAGGGCACCUGUCAUCACACAAGCAGUUUUUAUCAAUGCUCUGCCCCUCUUCACGGAGUCGAUCUUGGUACUCAGAGUGAUGACUGUGUACCCCCUCAAAUCAACACCUCGUUUGACUCUCGCGAUCGUUUACAUCCCAUUGUGUUGCUUGAAAGUCGCUCGACUAGCCAACAUUUUGGUUUUCUGGGGAAUAUGGUUUCCGGACAUCCUAGCCGGGGGUAACCCUAUCGUUGUUGCACAACAGUCGUGGGACUUCCCCUGUGACAAGAUUGAAUGGUCUCUGCAAAUGUUCGACAACGCAUAUGCUUCGGCACUCUUUCUUUACUGCCUUAGAAGCAGUCGUCGUGUAAAUGGUCGGAUCGAAUGCGCCAGAAGUAAACGUCCCACCAGGAAAUACUCCGAACGCCUCAGUACCUUGUUCUGGAUCUCCGUCUCUAACUUCGUCUUCCCGGUCAUGCUUUCAUUUGUCCAGUCCAUUCUUGCUUUCGACGCUUAUCUUUUUUUGGACGCCACAUACAUCAUCAUGUCCAACAUAUAUUUCGAAAUUAUUGCUGUGUUGCUUGCCACUAUAUGGUCUGCAGGUAGCAGACGGUCGGAGGAGCAACAGGCAACCACGGAGAUGAGUGUGUCGGGUGCAGAGUCUCCUCCCCGUUUUGCGACAGGUACUAUAUCCAUGACCACAGCACCCCAAGUUCCUAUUCAAGAUCCCGAUGAUAUCACAAUAACUGUGGGGUCUCAAUCUCUUAUACAUACUGAAAGUGCGAGUCUGGACAAAGAUAUAGAGUCGAGGAGAUGA